AUGCGUAAGUGUAAAGUUUUUGUGGGUAACUCUCAUCCAGAAUUAGGUUACCUAAUCUGCAAAAGAUUGGGAAUUGAGCCUGCACCAUGUACCUUGCAAAAUUUCGCUAAUGGUGAAACUUCUGUUCAAAUUGGCUCCUCAGUUAGAGAUGAGGAUGUGUAUGUUAUACAGUCAGCAUCAAGCAGCGUUAAUGAUCAUAUAAUGGAAUUGUUAAUUUUGGUUUCUGCUUGUAGAGGUGGCUCAGCUAAAAAAAUUACUGCUGUUAUUCCACAAUUUCCUUAUUCAAAGCAAUGUAGGAUGAAGAAGCAUAGAGGUGCUAUUACCGCAAGGAUGUUAGCUAAUUUGGUUAUUAUGGCUGGCGCAGACCACGUUAUUUCAAUGGAUUUACAUUCCAAUCAAAUGCAAGGUUUUUUCUCAAAACCGGUAGAUAACCUUUAUGGAGGUCCUUGUUUAGCUCAAUGGAUUACUGAAAAUAUUAAAGAUUAUCAGGAUGCUGUCAUUGUUUCAAAGAACCCUGGGGGUGCUAAAAGAGUUACUGCACUUGCUAGUACUUUAAGAGUUAAUUUUGCUAUGAUUCACACAGACCGCCGCCGUGCUAAAGAUAUAUAUUCUCAAAAUAAAAGCUAUGAGCAACUAAAACGUAGAAAGCAAUCUAUGCUAAGAAAAAAUAGGCCUAUUAUUAGGCCUGGUGAAGACCCAAAUGAGCAAGAAAAAAUUUUUUUAACUGAAGGUAUCCAAACGGCAAGAAUCCGUAAUGGACAUGUCAUUGAUGAUAAUGUCGCCGAAAGUGAUAGUGACAGCUCACUUUCUGAAUGUAGUCCUGAGACUAGUUCUUCUAAUCCUACACAAGAUGCUUAUGCUUUGGGAGAAACUUAUGAUGGAUAUGAUUCUGAAGAUGAUGAACCAACAUUAAAUCAACAGCAUGAACGAUUAAUCACUUUAGUUGGAAAUGUUAGAAAUCGUAUUGCAAUUAUUUUAGAUGAUAUGAUUGAUAGACCAGGUGCAUACAUUAGUGCAGCUGAACAUUUAGUUCAAAACUGUGGCGCAACAAAAGUGUACAUUAUUGGUAUACAUGGUAUAUUUACUGGUGAUUGCUUGGAACAGUUGGAACAAUCAGAUGCAAUUCACCAAGUUGUUGUAACCAAUACCUUCCCAAUAUCAAAAGAAACUCUUACCGAGUCUAAGAAAUUGGUUGUUAUUGAUGUUUCUAUGAUUUUUGCUGAAUGUAUUCGCCGUAACCACAAUGGUGAAAGUAUCUCUGUUUUGUUUGAUUCCAUUACUAAUGUAGUAUAG